AUGCGUUGCAUCAGCAAAGUGUCGCUUCGCCAGUUGGAUUUGGAUGAAACUGCGAAAAUGAUCAAGGUCAUGACCGACACACGCGUGGUCGGAGUGGGCCAGACAGAAUACGUUUUGUCCAUUAUCAUCUGCAUUCUGCGUCUGAUCAUGGGAGCCACAUUGGAAAAUACUACGGACGAAGCGGAUGCCGCUGUAGGUGCUGCGUUUCGAGAGCACCAGGCUGAGCUGGCAAUAGCCGAAGUGCUAGACACUUUAUAUUAAGGCUCGAUUUGAUUUGGCAUAUUUUUCAUGACCAGAGUGAGUGUGGAGAUGAAGAUGGAGUGCACACACCAUAUUAUUGAUGGAUACCUUUUUUAAUGCUAAAUGUACUUAAAAAGCUUGACCCCUGCUAAUGAGGCCGUAACAGCACACGCGACACCUACGGUGACGAAGACGAAGAGGAUCAGAAAAUACAGCUUUCUUCGCAUUGUCUCAGCUUCCUGCUCACCGCGUCGUCGUUUCCUUCGAUGCGCAAGUAUUUCCGGACAA